AUGUACGAACAAGCUUUGCAAAGUUUAAAAGAAGCAUUCCCUACUGUUGACCCUGUGGUCGUUGAAGCUAUCUUGGAUUCACACAGAGGUCAAGCCGAUCAGUGCUUUGAGCCAUUGCUCCGCAUUUCAGAUCCAAGCUAUAAGCCAGAUGCCCCACAGCGUCGACAAUCUCAGCCUCUACCAUCUGAGCAGACGACUCGGACACCAGAAGACCCCGAACAAGAGGCACCUGCAGAAUUGACUCCAGAAGAGCAGAUGCGUAGAGAUGAGGACUAUGCACGUCAACUUGCACUGGAAGAUGAGCGUGAGAGAGUCCGUUUGUAUCAGAGACAACAGCAACAGCAACAGAAAGGUAAUCAAAGGCCACCAGCACCCGAGCGAGAUAAUUCUCAGGGAAUGCUCAGCUCCUUUGAGCAAGAGCUUCCCGUCAUCAAAGAGCGUAUGAUUGAAGCUGGAACAGCUGCCAAGAACAAAAUGAUGCAGUGGUAUAACCAAAUGAAGGAAACUAGUCAGCAGAGUAGUCAAAACACUAUGCCUCCUACCAACGCACGAUACAGGGGUCUAUCUCGCGACGAACACGACGAUUUGUUGAGUGGUGAUAUGUCUGCUUUGCAUUUGUCUGAAAACGACGUGUACAACAGAACAACUGGACAAGCUUUCCCUCAACGCCAAAACACUACAGAUACUUCGGAAUGGGAUGAUCGACUUGAACGUAGAAGACCAGGCCAACAAAGUCCGACUUCAAACACCAUCCAGGUCAAUCCACCUGUCGGAGGACCGCGUCAGCAACCCUUCAAGACAUCCACAUCUAUUGAACAACUGAACGCAGAUGAGGAAUUAGCUAGACGCCUCGCUUAUGCAGACGACUAUCCCACAUCGCCACCCGUCAUGCCUGCUAGACCAAGCUCUCAAUCACCACCUCAAGCAAAUCUCUCUCCUGUACACAGCCCUGUGCAAUCACCAAAUGCACAGCUGUCCCCUGCCUCUCGUUCUAUUGAGGUCAAUCCUCGCGAUCCAGAAGAUGAAGAAUAUGCUCAACCAUAUACCAUUUCACCAAAGGCACCAUCUCCUAAGGAAGCAAGUGAUGAACCUCUCAAGCCUGAUGAGAAUAUUCAAAAGGAGCUGUUGGCUGCACAAGAUGAAGAUUUUGGCUUGGUAGACGUUGAAGACGAUGACGAUGAAGAUGAAGAACUUGAGUCACAUAAAGCCAUUAAGGCGGCCAAACAAGAGAAGUAA